AUGCGACGAGUUAAGAACAGAUUUACUAGACUGGGAGAGGGGAAACGGAUUUGCCUCAGUAGAAGGGAUUUUGAGGGAAGGGUUGUUGGAACAUAUGGCUAUAUGUCGCCUGAAUAUGCAAUGGAAGGACGAUUUUCAGAGAAAUCGGACAUGUUUAGCUUCGGAGUACUGUUGUUAGAGAUUGUAAGCGGGAGAAGAAAUACUAGUUUUUAUGAAAAUGAGCAAGCUUUGAGCCUUCUAGGAUUUGCAUGGAAAUUGUGGAAUGAAGGCAACAAUGCGGCUCUAGUCGAUCCGGUAGUGUCCGAUCCGUGCUAUCAAGCUGAAAUUUCGAGAUGCAUACAUGUAGGUCUAUUGUGUGUGCAAGAAUUUGCAAAAGACAGGCCAACUGUAUCAACUGUUAUAUCAAUGCUGAACAGUGAAAUCGUGGAUCUUCCUAUACCAAAGCAACCAGCAUUUACUGAAAGGCAAGUUGCCUUAGAUUCUGCAGGUUCCUCUCAACAGAGCCUGAAAAAUUGUUCUGUUAACCUCGUGACUCUAACUGUUAUUGACGCCCGGUAGAUAACUGGAAUGUAUUUCUUCCUCUUAUAUGUACAGCUAAUUGUGACAUUGUGAAAUAGAAGAUACUAUCAGAUUUCAGUGAAACAUGAUAUAGGAAAUUAGGGUUUUUCAUCCCUGUUAAUUCUA